AUGGCGCUCGUGCAGCGGCUGCACGAGGACGAGCGCGCACACCCAGAGUCCUAUCACCGCCCAGGCCCCGGCCCCCAUGCGGGCGAGCCGGACGCCGACGGCUUUUCCCCCACGCUGCUCACCGCCGAGGCGCUGCCAUCCGCCGCGCCAAGCCUCGCCGCAGGCAGGGCCGGCCGCGACGGCGGCGCCGCCGGGACGCGGGGCGACGCCGGCGCGCCGGCGGCGGCGGAGGUCGCGGCGCGGGAGAUCGAGAUCUGCGAGCGGGAGUUGAAGAGGCACGAGGCCGCGCUGACGAGGCUCGAGGCUGAGGCCGCCGCCAUGCUCGCAGAGCUGGCCGGCAUCCUGGCGGCUCCGGCCGGCGUGGGCGGUGAAGCGGCCGCGGCGGCGGCGGCGCAGCGCGCGGCGCGGCUGAGGGAGGGCGUGGCGUCUCUGGAGGUGCUCGCGUCUGCGAUGAGGGCGGAGAUGGAGGGCGCGACCGACAUAGACGGACGCAGCCCCAGCGUUUGGGACACAUAUGUCAAGAACAAGCCCUGGGAGAUCAGGGACGGCUCGAACGCCAAGGUGGCGUGCGACCACUACCACCGAUACAAGGAAGACGUGGCUCUCAUGAAGUCACUGGGUGUCAAGAACUACAGGUUCUCCAUCAGCUGGAGCCGCCUGGUCCCCAGCGGCCGCAAGGGCGGCGCCGUCAACCAGAAGGGCGUGGACUUUUACAAUGCCCUCAUCAACGAGCUGCUGAAGAACGGCAUCGCCCCCGCUGCCACCCUCUACCACUGGGACCUGCCGCAGGCCAACCAGGACGCAUACGAGGGCUUCAUGAGCCGGCAGCUCGUUGACGACUUCCAGUACUUUGCUGAGGUGGCGUAUGCCAAGUUUGGUGACCGCGUCAAGACCUGGACUACGUGA